AUUCGCGGCGCGACAUGUAGGGACACGUCUUGUCAAUAUUGAGGCAAUAUUGACAGUUCAUCAACUGAUUUCCCUCUCACGAACUGUUUCCCAUCCUAUACCUAGACAUGUUUUUGCAGGUGCUAAAGUACGGCUCGAUCGCAAUUGGCUCCAUCGGCGUGCUUUAUUGCACACUCUUGGCCCUUCUUACGACAGCAUGGUUCCAAGCUCAUGUAGUAUAUUUGCACGCCAUUCAGAUGACCUGGGGAAAAGAUCUGGACAUCCCUGAGAUUUUCGGGUUCCUUCACAAUCAGGUUACUCCAUUCAGGAUCAAGUCUGCCAGCGGCGAAGCUCUGUACGCCUGGCAUAUCCUGCCCAUCGAGACAUAUCGAAAACAUGAACAAAGGCUUUUGGCUCAAACGUCAGGUCUUUCCCCGGACAUCACCUCUCACCUUGCUUUUGAUUUGCUUCGUGACGACCCGGAGGCCAUACUUGUCAUCCACUUUCAUGGUGCUGGUGGCACUGUUGGAUCAGGAUAUCGUUGCCCCAACUAUCGAGCACUAUCAGCCGGACGACCUGACAGGAUUCAUGUACUGACUUUCGACUAUCGUGGCUUUGGAAGGAGUUCUGGUACUCCAUCCGAAAGUGGGCUCAUCGUUGAUGCUCUAUCGGUAGUCGAGUGGGCUAUAAACGUAGCCAAGAUCCCACCGGCUCGAAUUCUCAUUUACAGUCAAUCUCUGGGAACAGCUGUAAACAUGGCCGUCGCCGAACACUUCGCUUUGCAAGAACCUCCUGUCGUGUUUGCUGGCCAUAUUUUGACUGCUCCUUUCGUGGAUGUAAUCACUCUUGUAUCAACGUACAAGGUAGCCGGUACUAUCCCACUUGUAGGACCCGUGACGAAAGUCCCCAUGCUCUUCAACUAUCUACGCAGAUACAUCAACGACAAAUGGUCCACCAAAGAUCGUAUUGCAUCAUACGUCAAGGCCAACGAGAUCAACGGAUACAAGUAUCGCAUCACGAUUAUUCAUGCAGAAGAUGACUACGAUAUUCCGUGGACGCACACACCUCAGUUGUUCUGGCAUGCUGUUAGUGCUACAAAGCCAACUGGUAUCAGCUUCGAAGAGCUUGAAUUGCUAAAGUCAAAGUCUCGAGUUGACAGUGGACCUGCUGGAAGCAUCGUUGAGUGGAAGACUGGAAAAGGCAUUAUCAGGGAAGAGAUCUUGAAGUAUGGUUUACAUGAUGUGAUUAUGGGUAAUCCGGUAGUCACCCUGGCAGUCAUGCGGAUGCUUAGUUGACGAGUCGAGUCGAGUCGAGUGUUGUGGUUGUUACAGCAAAAUAGCAAAUCAAAAGCAGAGCAGCCCAUUGUCUCCUUCGCGAGCUCCUCUAUCCAGGCCAGGUCGAGUUGAGUCCUUUGUACUUAUCUCCUGACAAUGUUGGGUCCUGGGCUGUAGGUUAGAAAGCCCUGUCGAGAAUAAAUGGCUCCUGAGAGCCCGAUGGCAAUACUGUCAGGAGUCAUAUCGUUACUAUUGUUUGUUCCCAUUAUAGAUUCUGUCUGCAAGAUCUUUCCUGCCCUCCCCGUGUGCGAACUACUGUCACACCCAUCCCCUCUCAAUGGUCAGAGCAGAACAGUAGCUGAAGCAAUGCAUAGUCAUAUAUCGUAUCGAAGGAUCUAGCACAGGGAGUCGUUGACGAGAUGUAUCCCG